CUUGAAGACACAUUCUCCCAUCUAAGAUGGCGUCACACGUGGAGCAGGAGGAUGCAGCCGAUCAAGUAGAAGAGAAAUCAACUUUCAAAGACCUGGUGAGCAGCCGUCAGAGAGCGAAUGAAGGGCUCGGUGUGUUAGGGAUAUAAAGUAGGGAAAGGGACCUUUUAUUCUUUCAUCAUUUGUGAAAAGCUUGUUUGAAAGUUCCAUCACACAGGCAGUCUGCUGUAAAUUACUAUACAGUGUAUGUGUGUAUAUAUAUAUAAUUUUAUUAUUUAUGUAGCGCCAUCAGAUUACAAAGGGUAUAUAUCGAUUUUAGAAGGUCACAUCGGUUCAUUGAGCAUCAUUGAUAAAUGAAAAACAUGUCGUGCCUUCACCUGUAGAAUAGGUAGUUGAUUACAAACAUACAAUGUUUUACUUGUUCCUGUUCCCUUAUAAUCUGCUCGUUUAAAUGGUUAUGCCAACCACCAAUACUACCUGCUUUAAAAAGUGGUCAUGGUGGUAGGAGUCUGAAAAACAUGCGCAUCCAGAGAUAUUUCCAGUUUUGUGACAGGGGAACUCCCCCCUGCAAUGUGUGACUUGUGCAGCCUGCCUAAUGUUAAAACUGUGCAAAAGUGUAACUCUUUCAUCCACGCCCUCAACUUGUUGAGCUUUCUCUUGCUGGGUCAUCAUGGCAGUGUCAAAGCAGAUAUUUAGUUCAUCCAUGGAUACAUAGAAAAAUACCCAAAGGUAAUCUACAAUACAACAAUAAUAGAGAAAACCAUAGUGCAAUAAUGUUGUAACAAUUCUGAGUGAAUAAUUGAAUAAAUCACACUCUUUAUUUGAUGUGCCUUUUUGCCACUUUCAUCCUGUAAGUGUGCCUUUCUAUUAAAGUGUCAUUUUUUUUUGCUAAGAUACUCUGCACUAUUAUUUAAUUUUUUUUCCUUCUAUAUCUGCCAUGAUGUUUCACAAGUCCUGAGGCUUCCAUAAUUUUAUGAUAUGCCUUCAAUCAAUUUUGGUUUGUGAGUGUGACUUAUCCAAUUAUUCACUCACAAUUGUUACAACAUUAUUGCUAGAGAUGUCGCGAACUUCCCGUGAACCGUUCGUGGCGAGCUCCGGUCAGCUGACACAUCCCGGCCAAUCUCCAGCAGACCCUCCCACCUCCUGGACAGCAUCCAUGUUGAAUCUGCCGGGAAGUUCGCCAACGGUUCGCGACAUCACUAAUUAUUGCAUUGUGGUUUUCUCGAUUAUUGUAGAUUACCUUUGAGUAUUUUUCUGUAUUGCUUUGAGGGCUGAGAGGAAUCCUUAUCUACAAUAUCUACAUUAUAAGGGUAAUUGUUGUGAUUUGUUUUUUACCUAUUGCCCACUGAGUGUGUGUUCUAUCCACCAAUAGGUGUAUCUGUGUGUGUGUGUGUAUGUGUAUAUAUAUAUAUAUAUAUAUAUAUUAUUUUUUUUAUUUUUUUUUGGUUAUCCAUGGAUACAUGAUGACUUGCUUUAAAGGGUUACUGCAAGACUCAAAGAACCAUGACCAAUUUAGUGCUUGGCAGUUUUCAUGGUAUAUGUGUAGCUUUUGCUGUAAAAUUAUUUAUAUAGCGCUGUACAAUGCUGCACAUACAGAGUUUAACCUCUCUUGUGUUGUGCUGAAGCUAUAUUUCCACCUCUGACCGCAUCACUGGGAUGUUAUGAGCUAGCCAGGGACUAGAGUUCAGGGCCGGUUAAUGUCAUGAGAACGGUCAGCUGACAUUCUUUGCUUAUGAAUGUCAGUGGCCGCUGCUUCUGUGGUCUGCAGAACCCAAAGAGUGUCACCAGAUUACCAAGGAGCCUUGCAAAACUGUUUGACCAAUUUCCAGGGAAUCUGGCCAGGGAACUGUGGUGAAAAGGUCCAUGAACAUAUUUGAAUGUGAUUGGCCAAUCCUUUGGUAAUUGGAACAUACAUGCAGAUCACUUAUUUAUGUCCAGAUUUUUACAAUACAAUGACUGCUAUAUUUCAUGUUCAUUUGUGCUUAGGGGGUAGUCGAUGUCUUGUGUGAAGCCUGUGAACAGCUGGGAUGGAAACAGCCAACCAAGAUCCAGAUUGAAACUAUUCCUGUUGCCCUGCAAGGUGAGGAAUAGGAUAUUUAUUUUAAUAUUUACAUCUGGUUCUCUUGUAAUAACGUGAGCACUAUCAGUGUACAAUACCCAUGCUGUCUGCUGUUCGCGGAAAAUGUAUUGAACAAUCGGUCGGUUGCAUCUAUAUAAGAUAAUGCACGGUAAAUGACUUAUCCUCAUCAUGCAGAAGUGACUGUUACUUGUUUCUACUUAUCGGUAAACGCUAUUGCAGUGUUAAGCAAGAUGAAUGGUGCAAUGGAAGUUAUUAAAAAUAACUUUGCCAUUAUGUUAUGCCUCGGGUACACUUGGCAUUUUCUUCAGUGUGAACUGUUAAUUUAUGAUGAAGCAUGUAACUGAGAAUAAACAAAUCUGUAAACAUAGAGGAUGUUUCUUUGUUUACAAUUGUGUGGAAUUGAAAAAAAAAAAAAAAAUGUCCAAGGUACUAAAGUGGUAGCCCAAUCUACUUGGUCUGAUACAAAAUAAUAUAAAUAACAAAGAUCGGAGGCACUUGCCUAGACCCGUGGACAUUGACAGGGCUGUUUGCUAAACUCAUUUUUACAAAUUGAAUCUAUUUGAAAAAUAAAAUAGGGGCAAAAACCGUUGAACACUACAUCAAACCAACAUACUGUACAUCCCAAUUUCAUAUUACCAGCAGCUUUAAUCCUGCAGUCGGUCUGCAGUUGUCUCCUUGACUUAUCUUUCCUCAUUGCACAGAUCUCCGACCUCCGGGAUAUGAUGUCAUGUUGUAUCCCAGCGGCCAUUAACUAUGUGCAUUGCUUGGAGCGUUUGCUGCUCCUCGCACUUUCCCAUGCCCUGAGUUUACUGCUGCUCCAUCUGGCUUUAGGCACAGCAGACAGUCGUUCAACCGCUUCAGUACUACAUCCAUACACCCCCCCUUGCAGCAGAGCUAAAAGAAUCGAAAAACAAUUUGAUCUACUCCUGGAACUGUAUUUUCCUGACAUAUGGUGGCAGUACAAUAGGGAUGUACUCUUCCCUCGGGAAAAGCAUCUGAACUAAUUAACAAAAAAAGUUUCUCCCCUUACCAGGUAUAAGAGACCAAACCAGCCCUGGGACCUCAGUUCUCUUUCUUGUUCCAUCAGGAACGGACGGCAUCUGGAAUGAGAUGGUGAGGCACAUGGGUUGCUGCCAGGGGGAUCCUGUCUGAUAGCCUCCCGGGUGGAGAGCUGAAUGGCCAGCAAGCAUCCUGCAGGAUUACGGAGCAGGUAUGGUAAGCCUGCUUUAUGCCAAGUGCAGUUACCGGCGAAGCAGGGAGGCGGUUUCUAGUGGCAGCACUAGACAAGGCUGCCCGUCAGACACAUGCGCACGACGGUGGAACGCACGCCCGGGCGGUUAUGCGUUCCGACCGCGCUAUGCGCAUCUGAACUCCACCCGAAAUGGAGAUAUAAACAGAUCUUACUGUCAGCAUGGAGCUCGGCAGUGAAGGUCUCCCGUGUAACCAGCUCCCCCCCCCACGGGUCAGAAGUUUUAGAGAUAAAGAUUCUUUAGGUCUCUAAUCUUUAAAACUCUCUAUAUUUUUAUUGUUUCUAUAAAUGUGGUUUAUUUGCUUAUCUAUUGCAGAUAUGACUAGUUCUGUCGCUACUGAUAAUAUGGAUAAAGACCAAGUACCUGCACCUGCUUCUAAAAAAAAAAAAAGCCAGUUCCAAAGCUAAACAUCUCUGUUGUAGUGAAUGCUCCACUCCUUUACCAGAUGGUUUUAAAAGGAAAGUCUGUAAUAUUUGCUCUUCUUUGACACUAGAAAAACUAAGCAACAAGAGAUGAAAUCUUUUUUGUCUUGGUUUCAGGAUAAUCUGUCCCAGUCCUUUGAGUCUUUUAAAGAGCCUGCACACACUUCUCUUGUAAAAGCUACUAAACAGAAGUCUAAAAGGAAGAGAACACCGUAUAGUUCAGAACUAUCCUCGGGUGAAUGUUCUUUUUCUCAUUCAGAAUCCUCUAGCGACUCUUCUGUUACUGAGGUUAGUUUUCCUCAUGAUGAAUUGAGAAAAUUUAUUAAAGAGGUUAAUGUUUUCCUUUCUGAUGAAACAGUUGUAAAAUCCAAGGGUAAAGCACUUCCAGUCCAACAAAAAAUGCUGGAUUUGAUAUACAGAGAAUGGAAGAACCCUGAGAAAAGGGCUUUUAUCAACAGACAUUUUAAAAGUAUUGUUAAAAUGGAAGAGGAAGAUAAAUGGGAAAAAUUGCUGGUAGUUGAUGUAUAAGUGGCUCAAUUGUCUAAAAAAAAAACUACCAUACAUAUUGGUGAAGUUUCUGGUCUGAAAGACCCUAUGCAUAAGAGGGCUGAAACUUCCAGCAGAAGGGCUUAUCAGGCUAAAGCAGCAUUAGCCGGGGCUUCAGUGGUGAUAGCCCAGAAUCUUUGGCUUAACACUUUGGAAGAUGGUCUGGAUGAUAACAAAGACAAGGGCCUUUCCCUCCUGUUCCAAAAUUUAAGGUUGUCUAAUGGGUACCUUAUGGAUAUUAUCACGGAGGUGAUUAAGCUUUCGGCUCGUGUCAUGGGUUUGACAUCUGUGGCCCGAAGAGCACUGUGGCUUAAGGCCUGGACAGCAGACACGGUAUCAAAAUCUGCAUUAUGUGAACUGCCGUUGGAGAAGAAAAAGUUGUUUGGUUCUCCUUUAGAAGAGUUAAUCCGACAGAUGUCGGAUACCAAGAAGGCCCUGCCUCAAGACAGGAAAUAUGCCUGGAAACCCAGGUAUAUAAAUUUCCAGUUCAAAAACCGUAGGAGCUUUCAAGAAAAACCCAGGUUUUUUUCGUCAACAAAGGAAAGAUCCAAGAUUUGACACACAAAAAGACAAGAAGUCUGACAGAAACAAACGUUUCUGACGCCAUCAGAGUGGGCGGAGGGUUGCAAGGUUUUGUUCACAUAUGGUGGGAGACCACUAUAAAUCCAUGGAUUCUGAAUCUGGUGCAAAAAGGAUACCGAAUGAAAUUCUUAGAUGUUCCAAGACCAAGUUUUCUUGUCUCCUCAUACCGGUCGAAGUUAAAAAACAAGCCCUUUUUUCUGCCACGGUCUCCCCAUUAAGUAAAGGUGUGGUAGAAAGAAUUCCAACUUCCCAAGUAUAUCAGGGUGUAUACUCCCGGUUGUUCUAAAAAACCUUAACAAGCUGAUUCCUUACCAACAUUUCAGAAUGGAGACUAUAGCAUCUGUCACUCAUAUCCUUCGAAAAGGAGAUUUCAUGGCAACUUUCGAUCUAAAGGAUGCCUACCUGCAUAUUCCUAUGGAUGUGAAAUCAAGAAAAUACCUGAGGUUUGCUAUAAGGAAAGGGAAAAAUGUCCAUUUCUAAUUCAGAGCCCUUCCAUUCGGGCUAGCUUCAGCACCCAGGAUUUUUACAAAGGGCCUCACACCUGUCACAGCUUUUUUGAGGAUGCAAGGAAUCACAGUAGUACCUUACUUGGACAACUGGUUAAUAAAGGCAGACUCAAGAGGCGCUCUAGAAUCAGAUGUGGCCUAUACACUAGAAAUCCUGGAAGAACAUGGUUGGAUUAUUGUAACGGACCGUUUUGCACACAAGGGGUAAAAACUGUUUAGGCGAUCGGCCCCCUUUCCAGAGAUACAGGCACAGCUACUGCAGAACACCAAAACUCACGAACUGGAUACAAAAUAGCACUCCAACUCCCGAACUGGAACCUCACGAAUAGCUGCCAGCAGACGAACAGGAAAAGCUCCCAAGCGGCUUACACUCCUGGCAAUCAGUCUCCAACAGCAUACAGUGAAUCCCCCCAAGAACAAGACAAGGCUCCGUGUUGAGGGUCAAGCAGUGGUCUGAGGUGCUGGCACACCCAGCCUGGUUUUUAUUACAGUCUUGCAAAUACAGGACCGCCCACAGGGAGGUAUAAAACAACCAAUCACAUCACAGUUACAUCCCACAUAUUCCCUCCCCUUAUCCUGAGAGGAAACUCAAUUAUACAUACAGAUAAAACAUACUUUCUACCCAACUUUCAUAACUCUAAAACCAUACAUCACAUUCACAUAAAAUUACAUAUGCACAAUCAAUCCAUUCAGGGGAACAACAUAUUCAAAAAUGGCACAAAUCAGACAAGGGGUUCAAAGGUUAGUAAAAAGUCCUUUGUGACUAAAUGAAGCAUGGCUUUCUGGCCCAAACCAGUUUCAGAGUCUUCUAUCCUGGAGAUAAGUAAUUCAAUUAUCUCCCAGGAUAGACACAAGACUCCAUUAAGCACAUGGUUGCAAAAAGACACAAAACACUUUAAAAUACAUAGUCACAUUUAUACAUAAAACACAGACAUUUCACAUAUCCCCAGAUAGCUGGGAUCUGAGUGCACAUUAUUAAGUGAAUGGCGCUCAGACCACACGAAUACAGUUUAAUCGCCAUGGAGCCAAAGUCUUUACAGUCAGUUUCAUACAAAUGGGCUCCAUGGGAUUCCUAUCUGGGGUAUAAAACAUUCAAACAAAUCUACUGAACCCCAGGCAGAAAAGCACGAAUACAGCUUUUCUGCAGGCAAAAAUAAAGUCUUUUAAAAGGGGGCCAUAGUCCAAAGGCAGCAGGCGAGCAACCAGGCUUCUCCAAUGCAAUGUGGCGAGAUUGGUCUCGUCACAAUUAUCAACCUAGAAAAAUCACACCUUACCCCUACAAGGUCUGUCCUGUUUCUAGGGUUUUUGAUCAAGUCAGACACUCUGUUGGUUCAUCUGAAAAGCGAAAAAGGAUAAAGAUUUUAAUUAAAAAACCUUCUUUGGAUUUCAGAAUGUUCGGUGAGGAAAGCCAUGCAGGUUUUAGGUCAUCUGACCUCUACAAUCCCGGCAGUAAAAUGGGCCAGAGCAAAAUCAAGUCCCUUAGUGGGUAAUUCUUGUCCAAUGAAGGAAGAAGACUUGGAUGCAUUAAUGAGUAUAUCAGACCAUACAAAAAAAAAAACUCUCUUGGUGGCUAGAGGAAAAAUUCAUUACAGAAGGCCUGUCUUUUCGUCAAAAAUCUUGGAUCGUGAUUUCUACAGACGCUUCAAACACAGGUUGGGGAGCUCACCUCCUGUAUCACUUAAGACAAGGUGUUUGGUCGAAAAAGGAAACCAAGGAAUCUUCAAAUUUCAAGGAGUUGUUGGCAGUACUCAACGCUCUUCAGCAGUUCAAGGAUUUUUAGUGUAGGAAAAGCUGUAAAAAUACAGUCGGAUAAUCAGACUUCAGUCUCCUACCUGAACAAACAAGAGUAAAAAAAUUGUAUUUCCUUUGCUCACGGAUUAUGUCAUGGGCUCAAAGUCAUCUAGACAAAUAGAAAAAUCCCAGGCACUCACUGUGAUUGUUUCCAGGCAGAUUUUAUUGCAACGUUUCGACCUGUUAAGGUCUUUAUCAAGCUAGCUCCUUUUUUUUUUUUUCUCUCCUCCAAGGUUAUCAACCAACCUACUUUUCUUCCUUCCUUUAAUGGUCCAUCUAUUCCAGAUUGGGAAUUUGAUUGGAGCCAACUAGAUGUUGGUAGGUCUCUGAAAAUCUACUUGGACCGCUCCUCUGCGUAUUGGAUGACUAGCUAGCUUGAUAAAGACCUUAACAGGUCGAAACGUUACAAUAAAUCUGCCUGGAAACAAUCACAGUGAGUGCCUGGGAUUUUUCUAUUUGUUCCUAUUUCCUUGGGGUUUUUUGCUGACCCAUGCUAAGUAGCACCCUGUGUUGAAUUGUUGUGACUGAGUGCGACCCUACCCUUUUUUCCUAUUACAAAGUCAUCUAUACGACAUUUCCGCCAUUCACAUUCGAGGGGUAGACAACAUGGUAGCGGACGAUUUAAGCAGAUCAAAAUUGUCCCAGAACAAGUGGUCUCUCAAUCCAGAAAUUUUCGCUCAUCUGGUGAAGAGAUUUGGUCUUCCAAUCAUAGACCUUAUGGCAAGAAGAUCAAAUGCAAAAGUGAAAUCGUUUGCCUCCCUCUUAAAGGCAGACAGGCCACUGGUAAUGGAUGGUCUUUCGAUCUGGUGGGAUUUUUCCCCCAGUAAGCCUUGUCCCAAGGAUUCUGCAAAAGGUAACAUGAGAUCAAGCUCAUAUUCUGGCCAUAAUACCGUACUGGCCAAACUGCAGCUGGUUCUCAGUUUGAAAGAAGAUGGCUUUAAAGUACUGGAUUCUCCUGGUAACACCGGAUCUUCUGGAAAACAAGGGAAUUCCAGUAGAAGUAUUGAACAUGUUCUGGUUGACAGCUUGGCUGCUGCAUGGCUAAUUCUGCAUAAUAGGGGCAUUAAAGAAGAGAGGUUUCAGUUACUGUUAAAUUCUACCAGGAACUCUACCUCUUCUAUCUACUUAAAGAUAUGGACGAGAUUUCUUCACUGAUGCAUAUAUCAUCGUUGAAUAGGAUCCUCUCCUUCUACUGAUACUAUCCUUCAUUUUUUUGCAAGACGGUCUUGCUCAAGGUUUUAGUCUGUCUACCCUCUAAGUCCAAGUUUCCGCUCUGUCAUGUUUUGAUAAAAAAAUUGGGCUUCUGAUCCUCUCAUUAGGAGAUUUUUAUUUUUUUAUUUUUUUAAAGCUGUAAGACUUGUAAAGCCUCCUAAGAAAAUCUGUUUUCCCUCUUGGGAUUUGUCUUUAGUUUUGAGAUCUCUGUGUACUCAGCCUUUCGAACCUUUGGAAGAAGCUUCAUUGAAGAAUCUGUCCCUGAAGACCGUGUUUUUGGUGGCCAUUACUUUGGCUAAGAGGAUAGGGGAACUCCAGGCACUUUCUUCCUCUCCUGACUUUACAAAAUUUCUUCCGGAUAAAGUGGUUAUGUACCCUAAGCCUUCCUUUCUUCUGAAAGUCAUCUCCUCCAAGGUUAUCAACCAACCUACUUUUCUUCCUUCCUUUAAUGGUCCAUCUAUGCCAGAUUGGGAAUUUGAUUGGAGCCAACUAGAUGUUGGUAGGUCUCUGAAAAUCUUCUUGGACCGCUCCUCUGCGUAUAGGAUGACUGAUCAUCUAUUCGUGAAUUUCUUGGAAAAUUUAAAGGCCAUGUUGCCUCCAAGGCCACUUUGGCAAGAUGGCUGGUGGAUAGUAUUGAAUUGGCUUAUUCUACCUCGAAUCUACCUCUGCCUGCCUCCUUGAAAGCACAUUCUACUAGAGCCAUGGCUGCCUCUCCGGAAGACAGAUGCAAGGCGGCUACCUGGUCUUCUUUCAACACUUUUGUCAAACAUUACAGGCUAGACGUAUUCUCUGCGUCUGACGCUGAUUUGGGCACAAGGUGUUACAAGCUGCUAUUGCCUAAAUUCCCGCCUUGAGUCUGGGAUCUCGAUAUAUCCCUAUUGUACUGCCACCAUAUGUUAGGAAAAACUGUAAUUUUACUCACCGUAAAUUCCUUUUUCCUUAAUAUGGUGGCAGUACAUCAAUCCCUCCCUGUGUGUGUAUAUAUAUAUAUAUAUAUAUAUAUAAUUUUUUGUGUGUUCUAUGGAUUCACUGAGGUGUUCUUGGUACGUACUGAGGUCCCAGGGCUGGUGUAGUCUCUUAUAUCUGGUAUGGGGAGGAACUUUUUAUGUUAAUUAUUUCAGAUGCUUGCCCCAAGGGAAGAGUACAUCCCUAUUGUACUGCCACCAUAUUAAGGAAAAAGGAAUUUACGUUGAGUAAAAUUAGUUUUCUCAGUCGUCGGAGGUUAUAAAUUCCACAUCCCUGGUCUAAUAUUUUUAAUGUUUUAGUCUGCGUAUAUAGAACAUCCGAAACAUAAAUAUGUAAAUUGGGUACGUUUGAGAUGUAAACUAUUUUGUUCUUUAAUCUCAGUAGGGCUAUUAAUGUUAUAUGUUGAAGUAGUUUUACCAAACCUCAGUCUAUAAAAUAUAAUAAAAGCUUUCCAGUUUGCAGCAUUCUAAAUUUAUACACAGUGGUUUGUGUUUUCCAUUAUCACCAAUUUCUCCCUAUAGUAUCUAGUACUGAUAAAUUGCUUGGUAGAGUUUUUGACCAUCUUUCCACUUACAGAAUGUGUUGGCUUUUAUACUCUUGUAGCUUUUUUUUUUUUUUUUUAACUUAUUUGGCAAUUUCCAUCCUUUUAGGAAAAGACAUAAUUGGUCUCGCUGAAACUGGCUCUGGAAAGACUGGUGCCUUUGCUAUUCCAAUUCUUCAGUCUUUGCUUGAAAGUCCCCAACGGCUUUAUGCUUUGGUUCUCACCCCCACCAGAGAAUUGGCUUUUCAGAUUUCAGAACAGUUUGAAGCUCUUGGCUCUUCAAUUGGUGUCAAAAGUGGUAUGUGAACAUUUUCUUUUUCAUUUUAUUUAGCAGACUUUUUUUGAAUAUUUUGUUAUCAUGUUAAUUUUAUACAAUUUGCUAUAUGUUGUAUGUCUAGACCUAACAGGUACUGUGCAUUUAGAAAGUCUUGACACCCCUUCAUUUUUUCAACAAUCUAAACUCAAUACCUCGUAAGUACAAAGCAAAAACAAAAUUUUAUAAACCAAAUAUAUUAAGCAGAAAAAAAAAAAUCGAGGUAUCAAGUUGACAUAAGUAUUCAGAGCACCGACUCAACACAUACUUGAAGCACCUUUGGUAGCGAAUACAGCCUAAGGUCUAAUUUGUAAUGGUGCUAAAGGCUUUACACCCAUGUGUGUGGGUAAUCUCUGCAGAUUUUCUCAAACUCUGUCACAUUGGAUGGGGACUGUCUGUGGACAGUCAUUUUCUGUUUUUCUCCAGAGAUAUUGAAUUGGGUUCAAGACAGGACUCUGGCUUGGCUGCUCAAGCACAUUCACAAAGUUGUACCUAAGCCACUCUUGCAUAGCCUUGGCUGUGUGCUUAGGGUAAUUGUCCUAUUGGAACAUAUUUUAGGAGAACUCUUUUUUUAACAUCCAGGUAAUGGAAACAAGAUUCUUUGGCAGAAAGUAGGCAGAAUAAUAUCAUGGUUUUACCGUAGAAUCACAAAGUACCUUUGAACAGUUGUUUGAUAGGAAUGUGUAAGUCAGAUCUAGUCUCUGUUUAGAACAAAGUAGAAAGAAUUAGUCUUUCUGAAAUUCUUUUAUUGAGGGGGUGGAGGGGGGAGAAGAUUCCCAAAGGAAUACACCAACUACACAAUUUAUACCAUAUAACCUCAUAAAUCAUAGAUGUAGAAGACUGGCUGUCUUGAAAAAAUAUAUUGAUGACUUCUUCAUCCAAAAUCUUUGAGUUCAAGUACUAGUCUCUCAGCACACAUGCUGUAAUCUUGAAGGUUUUUAAUACUUCUGGUGAGAUUCUCUGAUUUUUUUAAAGCAGAUGAUCUUAUGAACCAGUGAGCUUUUACUAGUGACCAGAGAAACUUAUAUGGAAUGUAGAAGGUAUUUGAAAAAAUCCAGUUGGUCCAGCCUGAUGUGGACUGCUGAUAUGGCUGACACAUGAACUCCUGCCCAAUAUGUGAUAUUUCUAAAAAGAGUUAUGAUAAUGGAAUUCUCAUGACUCCCUGCUGAUGCUGUAUGCCACUACUGUGUGAUUGCACUGCAUGAUUUUCUAAAAUCGACUGGAAAUGUAUAAAUUUUAAAGGACCACUAUAGGCACCCAGACAACUUCAGCUUAAUGAAGUGGUCUGGGUGCCAGGUCCAGCUAGGGUUAACCCUUUUUUCUAUAAACAUAGCAGUUUCAGAGAAUAUAUUAGGGUUAAUCCAGCCUCUAGUGGCUGUCUCAUUGACAGCCGCUAGAGGCAUUUCCGUGCUUCUCACUGUUAAAAUCACAGGGAGAAGACGCCAGCGUCCAUAGGAAAGCAUUGUGAAUGCUUUCCUACGAGACUGGCUGAAUGCGCGCGUGGCUCGUGCCGCGCAUGCGCAUUCAGCCGAGGAGAGGAGGGGGAGAGCUCCCCGCCCAGCGCUGGAGAAAGAGGUAAGUUUAACCCCUUCUGCCCCCUAGAGCACGGCGGGAGGGGGACCCUGAGGGGGGGCACCCUCAGGGCACUAUAGUGGUCCUUUAAGCGCUGUAUUAAACUGUCUACUUUAGCACAAAAAAAAAUUCCCUUCCUUGGCAUCAGAUGGGUCUUUUUGUUCAGUCUAUAAGUCCUAAAUAUCAGAUGUUUCACAUUUUGUAAGCAACCAAAGGGACUGUAGGAAUAAUAUAGCAACUAUGGUGUAUUUGUUCAGUUAUUCUGCUGGUCCCACUUUAGUAACCAAUCAUCUAGAUAUGGAACAACUGGGGGUUGUUUUUGUUUGUUUUUUUGCUUCACCACUAUAUUGAGUAUAGAUUAAUGUGAAUACAUAUUUAAACAAUUGUGGCAUAAUGCUGCAAAAUAAAAUGUUAAAAAAUAAAUGUACUGUGUGUGUAUUUGUAUACUGUAUAUCACUUAUUUAUUUAGUCCUAUUCUACUAGCCAGGCCUUGAAGCCUGUUGCUUCAGAACAUGUUCCCCUUGAGGUUUUCCCCAACCUACCUAAUAUGCUCUCUCUAUCCAUUAUGCUCUUUAAUAAUGUCCAAUUAUGUCUUCUCUUAUAUUUCAGCUGUGAUUGUAGGGGGCAUUGAUAUGAUGUCACAGGCAUUAACACUGGCAAAAAAGCCACAUGUUAUAAUUGGUAAGUUUCUUUUUUAAGGUGUUUAAUGCAGAAUUCUAAUAAAUAUAACUGCAAAUCACAAUAAAUGAAUACACUCUGUUAAUGACUUCAUAUUAAAUCGAGAAGGAUUUGUUUAGACUUCGAUUUUAUUAACACUUGCUGUUAGCCAUUAUUAAAUCAAUUAUAGGUAGAGGCGUUACCGGUCUAAAUAUGUGUAAUGCUCAUACAGUGUCUUUCUGCAUUUUGUGUUUACAUUUUAUGAAGAGCACAUCUCAUCUUAUAUGAAAUGUUUUGUAACCUUGUAUAAUGGUGAACAAACGUGGUUUGGAAAACUACUCUGCUUUGCCAGUGCAGAGUACCGUAAAAUUGGUACAAUUAUAAAUACUUGGUGUGCUGUGCCAUCUUGUGUCAUAACAAAUAUCAUGUGGUAUGGCAGCAAUAUUGGUUUACAUGACCAAUUGUGAAAACUCCUCAAAUAAAUUUAUUAAAAAUAUAUAUGUUACUAUUUAACACUCUACCGCAAUAUCUGCUUAGGUGCUAUAACCCGGCUCUUUUUUUCUUUGCAAUCUCGAUUGCUGCUUGCAGCUAUAGCUUUCUUUUUUUUUUUUCUUCAGCUACAUGUUACAUUUUCACUAUGAGUUUAAUUUACGCUGAUUCAUCCAACUACUUUUAAAACCUCCCAAAUUGUAUUCAACUAAAUGGUGUCUGAGAUUCCAAUAAAUAAUCAAAGGAUGAACCACCCUCCAGAAAGUAAUAAAACAUAACUUUUAAUCCAUCUUACAUGUAAUGCAUUGUUUUGAACUGUGAUUGAUGCACAAAAAUCUCUAUGUACUGCUCAGUCACAUGUCACAUUAUAUAUACUUCUACUUGCAAGAGACACAAAGGAUUUGCAUAUACUUUUCAAAACUUAUAAAGAAGUUAUGCACCAUACUAAAAUUAAAAAAAAUCUGCUUUGGAAUUGUAGUUUAUUUUCAAUAAGCAAUUGACGUAUAUUGGCUAUUAAUAUUAACAUAUUGGUUUGUUUAUUCAUAUUGGUUCUCUUUUACCUGUAUAAAUUUUGUUAGAGCAGCUAGCAGCCUCUUGCACUGGGUAAUGUUUAUGUACUUGUAUUAUUAAUUUUGAAUAUAGAUUUUACUAAGACAAUCCUUAGAGGGUUGUUUUUUUUUUUUUUGUUUGUUUUUUUUUUUUUAAGUAUGGUUGUAUUCAUGCAGUGUCUUCUAUCUUCCUAGCCACACCAGGGCGUCUUAUUGAUCACCUGGAGAAUACAAAGGGCUUUAAUCUGAAAGCACUGAAGUAUCUGGUGAUGGAUGAAGCUGACCGCAUUCUCAAUAUGGAUUUUGAAACCGAGGUGUGUAGCAAAAUUGACUUCUUUGUUGUCAGUAAACAAAUUCCUAGAACACUUGAAGUAUUGACUACCAGAAAUUUUAUUUGCACAAUCCUUUUAGGGUUGUUUUUAAUUCCAUGUAUAGAUUUUCAUUAAGGAAUUUACAAAAGCAGACAUUUCUGAAAAUGAGGGCAAAUGUAUGCUCAUGAUAUCAUGUAGGGAAGAGUGACAUGUAUUUUAGGCAAUUCUCCGUAGUGAAAUACAUUUCCAAAAGCCUAAAACAAAUUGCCUUUUUCAUGUUGCAUGAAUAUCACUCUUCAUAACAAACCUUUUGGAAGUGUGCACCUGUAAAAAUACUUUAAUGGGCAGGCUGAUAUAUGUUGGUUGAUAUAUAGUUCUGUGUAUACAUAAUUUGUCACUUCUCAUAUAGUGUUACAUUUAUUUUGUGAUGUUUAUGUUAAUUUUGUCCUGAUGUUAACUACUGUGAAGACUAAAGGGUCUUGAUAUUCCUAGAAAUCUUUUUUACCUUUACAAAUUAUAUGUGGUACUUUCAUUCAGCCUGUGUAUGUGUAAUUGUCACUCAGUGAUUGUAUCUUUUUACAGAUGGACAAAAUUUUAAAAGUUAUUUCCCGAGAUCGGAAAACAUUCCUGUUCUCUGCUACUAUGACAAAAAAGGUAAGAUAGCUAAAUAGAAACUAAUGGUCUUUACAGCAGUAGGACAUCCUAAACAAGAAGGUCACAGCAAAUAGUGCGAUUUGUUUUUAAAAAGUGGGACAAUCACAAAUGGAAAACAGUAGAACCAACAGGCACAUUCCAUUGCUGACUCCUCCCAUUUUACUUUAUUGACCACUUUUGGGAGACCCUUUAAUAAAUCUAGAUGCAAAGUAACUGGAGCGCUAAAAUGGUAUUGAUAAUAAUAUUAUACAAAGUAUGUUGAGCUGUUUAUUCAUAGAAUAUUUAUGCUGCACACUAUUGUAUUUAACACACACACACACACCACAAAAUAGAAUAGGAAAAAAAGUGGAGCAAUAAUUAGGUAAAAGAUCCCAUACCAAAAUUGAAAAAUACAUAUGGUUUACUAAAUCUCCCAGGCAUGUUCCUGGACUGGCCUCUGCCUCUAAACGUAAACCAAAUGCCGCUGUUGACAGCAGUGACUGACAUAAUGUGAGUCAGCCUGCCAGAAGGGAAAAGGACAGUGAGGCAGACACAUAGUUAGUAUUACUAAUACAUGUAUACCUUUCUGGCUUGUAGGCUUGCCUAUUUUAUUCCAUUUUGUUUAAUAGUUUAUUUAAAAAUUUAGUUUGUUUCGUGGUGUAUUUUGUUUUGUACUUUUAACUUUAUGCACAUAACCAUGUGAUGAUUUUAUUUUUCCAGGUACAAAAGCUGGAACGAGCUGCUCUUAAAGACCCAGUAAAAUGUGCCGUUUCUUCCAAAUAUCAAACCGUGGAAAAGCUCCAGCAGUAUUAUAUAUUUAUUCCUUCUAAAUUUAAGGUAUGUGUACAAAUGUAUGUAUUCCAGGUUUUAUUCAUUUUAUGAUCACAUAUCACAAAUGUGCAUAAUGCAAAAACUACAUUCCUGCAAUAAGCAAUUUAUGCCCCGGCCUCACGCAGAAUUUGUGUAACUGCCAAACCAUGGCUGCCUGUUCAAAGCCUGGAGUACAGCUUUGAGAAAUGGGCUGUGUGCAGCGACCUGAAGUCUGUCACUGCUCUUGGCUGUAGCUCUUCUCUCUCCACAGGAGCAACUGCAGCAAUUCUAAGUCACUCUUGACAGAAUGCACUAUGUUGCCUUAGGUAAUCGUUAAAGGACCACUAUAGUGCCAGGAAAACAUACUUGUUUUCCUAGCACUAUAGUGCCCCCACCCUCAGGGUCCCCCUCCCGCCCGGCUAUGGAAAGGGGUUAAAACUUACCUUUUUCCAGCGCUGGGUGGGGAGCUCUCCUCCUCCGAUCCUCCUUCUCUCCUCCCCGUCGGCUGAAUGCGCACGCGCGGCAAGAGCUGCGCGCGCAUUCAGCCGGUCACAUAGGAAAGCAUUCACAAUGCUUUCCUUUGGACGCUGGCGUGCUCUCACUGUGAAAAUCACUGUGAAACAGUCAAACUAAGCUCAUAAAACAGGGGUUUUCUUCACAUUCUGCAUCUGAAGUGCAUAGCACUAUGCCCAAAUAAUGUAUUUAAAGGGCAAGAUCUUCCAGGGACCAAGAGGCUGGUAAUUAGUCCUCUCCAGGCACAAGUGGCGAAGGGCACUUCGUCACAAAUAUUAUUUGCAUUUGUAAAACAGCAGUACAGUUAGACAAAUGGUACUUUUUUUUUGCGGCCGCUCUGCUGUUAACCCUCACAGAACCAUUUGUUUCAAAGUUUUUAUUAACUUUUUGACAGCUGGCUGUGAAUAUUAAUUUGCAGGAAAGCACUCAUGAAUCCUGCCUGAGCAUUUCUGUAGUUCAGCUUUUGCAGACACUUCCCGGACCUGUCUAACUGGUUCUGCUGAAUUGUAACACUUUUGGAGAUAACUGGUAGAUUAAGGCAGGUAGUAAGGCAUGUGCACUACCUCUGUUGUUUCUGUUCCAUAUUUGCUUUGGCAGAUUUGGAGCUUGAUGAAUUACUCUUUCAGUCUACAGAUAGACCUAAUGGUAUCAGUACUGAACAACAAACUGGCUUAAAUGUCCUGCUUUCUAAACAAAAAGGAUCACCAGAAGUCCUGGAUGCUUAUCAUGUGCCUUUGAAUUAUCUGCUUUAUUUUUUCUUGCCUGUGCCAUUGAAUCAAAGAGUUCUCAGGCAAAUUUAAAGUCUGCAGUGCAGUUGAAAUGGCAAACCUUCCCACUUAUGUUCUCCAUAAAUGUUAAUAGCAAGGCAGAGAUCAAUUGUAGGAGGUUGGAGUUCAUUGUUGUAGUGCAGUGCACUGCACUACAUCUUCUAAAAUGAAAAUUUGACUCUGUACAUAAUUUAACAAUGGUCUGCACUCUGAUGGUAAUGGUCUGCACUCUGAUGGUAAUAUAUGCACAUUUAUUAAUAGCAUUAAGUUUAUUCUAUUUUAAAAUUGGUUUUCUCUCCAAUACAAACUCUUUUCUCUACAUAUAAGGAAAUAUGGCUAUAUAUUGGCACUAUAUCUUUGGUAUCCUGAAUUGAUUAAUAAUGAAUAAGAUGACGUGACACUUCACAUUCACCUUACGUUUUUGAUCCUUUUAUUUUCAGGACAGUUAUCUUGUGUAUGUUCUAAAUGAACUAGCUGGAAAUUCUUUCAUGAUCUUCUGCAGCACCUGUAACAACACACAGCGAGUGGCUCUACUGCUGCGCAACUUGGGCUUCACAGCUAUUUCUCUACAUGGGCAAAUGAGUCAGGUAUAACUUUAAUGUUUAUAUUGUUUAAAGGUUGUAUUUGACUCAACCUAAAUUACUGUGUAACUGUUGUUCCUGUAUAGCUGUCUAAUGGCAUUUAAAUUAUAACAGGCUGGGGUUUUACCGCCGUGCUAGAAGGAUUUAAAGUUUUAAUUGAACCAAGAUAAUUUUGCUUCCUUGUAAUGUUGAAUGACUCCUCUCAUAAGUAACUAAACAAUUCAGAAUCAAUUUAUUUUGUAUGUGUGUGUUCUGGAUAACUAUGCAUAAAUAUUUUUUUUACUUUAAAAUACAUAUAUAGGCCAAUCUAAUGACAGUUUGUUGAGGGUUGAAUGAGUUACUGAGCAAUGAAGUCAAAUAUAAGAAGACAAUAUUUUAAAAUGGAUUUUUUGAGUACUUGGCUUUUUAAACUUCUACCUCUGCUUUAUGUCGUCAGGAUAGAAUGCCUUCUUCACUUUGUUUUGGUUAGAACACAAUCUAGUAGUAUUUUUUUGGGGGGAAAUUGUCAACUUUUUUUUUUUUUUUUACUCUUGCGCUAUUAACAGAGCUGGAGAUGAAUUCUACAUUAAAGGAACACUAUAGGAUCAGAAACACAAACAUGUAUUCCUGACCCUAUAAUGUUAAAACCACUAUCUAGCCCCCCUUGAACCCGUCAUGCCUCCCUAAAUAUAGUAAAAUCUUACUUGUAUUCAAGUCUGGAGCUGCUUGAUUUGUUCCGGUUUCUUUUUGACCUGUCUGCUGACAUCAUCAGAAGUGGUAGCAUGAUCCAAUCACAGUGCUUCCCCAUAGGAUUGGCUGAGACUGACAAGGAGGCCAGUCGGGGCAGAGCCAGCACAGUCCAAACACAGCCCUGGUCAAUCUGCAUCUCCUCAUAGAGAUGAAUUGAAUCAAUGAAUCUCUAUGAGGAAAGUUCAGUGUCUGCAUGCAGAGGGAGAAGAUACUGAUAUGUUGUGAUGCAUUUUAGGCAGCCAUGACCCAGGAAGGAUCUCUAACCGCUAUCUGAGGAGUGGCCAGUGAAGUUAUCACUAGGCUGUAAUGUAAACACUGCAUUUUCUCUGAAAAGACAGUGUUUACAGCAAAAAGCCUGAAGGUAAUGAUUCUACUCACCAGAACAAAUUCAAUAAGCUGUAGUUGUUCUGGUGACUAUAGUGUUCCUUUAAUGCAAGAAAUGAGGUGUAAACUUUAGAUCUCACUUUAUGGUAAGUGUUUAGGAAGGUUGUGCAUGUUACUUGCAGGGAGUUGUGAAGAGGGCUUCAAAAACAAUGAUUUAAUUCCUAAAUGUCCAAGAAUAGAUCAAUGACGACUGCAGUGGCAUGAUCAAUACACUAAAAUCAUCCCAUAAAGCUAAAAUUGUUUUGGUGUCUAUAGUGUCCCUUUUUACUUUUUUAAUUGAAUUCUCAAAAUCAGUGUAAUUUAAAUUUUUUUCCUCCCUCAUGUCACAGAACAAGCGACUUGGCGCUUUGAAUAAGUUCAAGGCAAAAUCUCGGUCCAUCCUCUUGGCAACAGAUGUUGCGAGCCGUGGUCUUGACAUUCCACAUGUAGACGUUGUAAUGAACUUUGAUAUUCCUACCCAUUCAAAGGUGAGCUAGUUAAUUAUAAGGUUUGUGUAUUCAUUAAUAUUAAACUUGUUAAUUUAUGAAAUGACCAGAGAAUUACUGUACCGAUCAUUGCAUUAAUCAGACAUGACAAGAUGUUGGUUUUCAGAAAGUAAUCACCAAAUGGUUAACUCAUGCAAUUUAAGAAAAAGCUCUAAAAAUACAAAAGUGCUCUGUGCUCAAGGCGCUUAUGAAUACAAUAAAGUGAAACAAAGUGUAUUAUAGUUAUAUACAAUAAAGUCCAACAAAGUGAAUGUUUUAUUGUAAGCAGCUAAACCACUAUAUACGUACUCUCCACUCUAAUUUUAUUUAAAAAAAAAAAAAAAAAACCUGCCUUCUUGACUUGCAGUUCUGGGCACAUUUAUAAGCCACUAAUACCUGUUGUUUUCUGGUAUAUUCUGAUGUUUCCUGACCACCCCUUGAUAUCAUUAUUUCCCUAUAAUGCAUGUGUUACUAUACUGUAUUCAGAGCUCUCUCUCAUAACUUCAUCACUUUAGUUAUGCCUGGUGCUGGGGAGGCAAAGGUGUGUUCAUGGAAAACACAAAUGGGUUUGAAGUCACUGUAUUUGUAAUGUUGGGAAAGCAAUUUAAAGCCGUUUUAGCAUAGUAAGACAACAAAUGAAAACAUUCCAUGUUGCUGUUUGCCUUCACUUUAGCUCUGUGCAUUUUAAGGUAGGAUUUACGGUUCUUUCCUUCUGAAAUGCUUCUUUCGCUCGAAGGCUGGUCCUGUAGUUAGUUUUCUCUCUGUCUAAUAAUGUCUUAACAACCUAGAUAGAAAACUAUUGUUUGAAAUUGAGUUUUAUUUAUUCCAAAGUUAGCAAAGGCCACCCCUCACAAGGGAGGAGACGGUAAACCUUUGUGUAUGUCCAAACACUUUGUUUCACAAGUUUAAAUUCAUUUACAUGAUGUCUUAGAAAUGGGGGGAAAAAUACUCAAAACAUUACAAUCCUUGCUCUAAAGAAGCCUCUGAUGCUAUCAAGAGAGUGGAUAUGUCGUCUUUUGGACUGAAAUCUCCUAGUUGUCUAAUUUGCUAAAUGUUUACAAUAAAAACAAAAUGUGCCAGAUGUCCUUCAGAGUCUGAUUCAUGCAGAGGCACUUUUUCAACAAGUCUCUCUCAGGAUUAUCUUAAUUUUCAGAAGACAACUGUUUCCAUUUGAGAGCCUUCAUAAAGUAAGAUGUUUCUUUGAUAAUUGAAGAAGAGAAAUGUUCUUACAAAUUGUUUGGUUUUUCACCUUCCCAACUAUGAAUACUGUAGCGGGAGAGUUGCAAAUGCUGAAAAUAGAGGACUUUCGUCACAGACCAGUGUAAAUGCUUCUGUCAAAGAUGAGAAACCAUUGAAAGAAGUCCCUAAGAUUUGAAAAGGAUUUUUAGAAAAAAUCCAUGUCCAUGGUUUCCCUUUUUAGUGCAUCGGUUGAUAGAAAUUCUGUGUGACUCCAUGUCUGAAAGCUUCGUUAUCUGGAGGAUUAGUGGUGUUGGCCACAGUGGGCAGAUUAACAGUAGUCUGGUUAAAUUUCUGGUCAGCUAAUACUCCCGUAUCCACUCUCUGGCCAUCAUGGGAUAAAUUAUUAAAAUCUAUAGCCAAAGAGAAAAAGGCCCCCUGGUGCAUUUUUUUUUCUAUCCUAACAAAAUGCAGUUUUAAAUUAGAUCAACUUUGAGUUAGCCAUUUCGUAGAAGAUAUUCUUACUUUGGAGACAGACCAAGAUAUAAUAAAAAGAAAGAGGGAGUAUUCUAGAAGCAUUUGGUCAUAUAAAGUAUGUUGCUAGGUCUUUUUUAUACUUUCUUCAAAUCUAAGAGCAGAUCUUUGGGUUCUAAAACACAUCUGAGGACGUUACAGAGAGUUUUGACAGUCUCUUCUUCUUUCCUCCAGGCUCAGUUCAGACAUGCAUUCUCCUCUAAGAAAUGCUGGUAAACACAUUGAAAAAAAACAAAUGUAAUGUUACUUGACACUGAAUUUUCACUCGCCAGGGCUAAAUCAUUUAAUUUGCUUAAUGCUAGUGGCCCGUAGAAUUUUUGGAACUUGAGUCAAGUUCAACUAGCAGAGUAGGUGAUAAGUGUUUGUAAAUUAAACACAUUGUGAAAAGUGACCGUUAAAUUCUGUCAUAAUGUUAAGCAUAUUUAUUAAAGUAAUCUAAAAAGUUGCUUUCUUCAUAAUAAAUUAUAAUAGUUUUUGCAGAGUUUUCAAUUUCAGAAGGACGUUAAAUUUAUAUUGACGGAAAAAAUGAUCAUAAUUCCGUUGGCAAAAAAUGGUGCAAAUUGAAAAAUGACAGGAAACAAACAUUGCAGAUGAAAAAAAAAUCUGACCAGUUUAGUCAAUUGCACCAGAAAUUCAGAGAACAUUUGUGUAAUUGACACUUUGAUAAAUCUUGUCCACAGUGCUUUAAAAUGUGAUUAGAAAUUGUUUUCUUUCAUGCAAACUUUGUGGGGAGGUGUACUUAGAGCUGCACACAAAGUACAGAGAAUAAACCUCAUAGAAUUUAGCUUAAUGAAGCAAUAUACAGAUCAUGCCUGUUGCUAAAGUUGUUUUGUUGUUAAGAGUUUCCUUUAAGAUUUCAACCCCUUAAGGACACAACCGAAAUCCAUUCCAUCAUGAUUCCCUUUUAUUUCUGAAACUGUGUCCUUAAGGGCUUAAGAAGAGCACAUUUGCUUCCAAAAAGAAAUUGUAAAUGUAAACAAUUCACUUUGCCAUUCACAUUUUCAGCAAAGGUAGAUUAUGUGGGCUCUUUGAAUUUUGGAUUACAAGUAGAUAGGAAUCCAUUGUAUAUAUUAAAAGCAUCUUAAAAUAUCUGCAUCAUUGGGAAGUGCAUGGCUUUCACCAUAUCUGCCUCCUCAUCAUUAACUACAAAGCCCUGGUGCACUGUUGUGCCUGCUUUGCUACCUCUCCAACUAACAUUUCUAGCAUAGCUCGAAGAGGUGCCAGAAUUUUAGCUGAGGUAUGCUGCUGAGCCAUGUCUUCUGUCAACAACCAUAUCACCUGAUGUAGAUAGUAAUAGAAAUAAGAAUUCUAUACGUACCAGGAGAUCUCUUGCUAAUAGGUGCAAAAUGGGAGAACUAGAAAGAUAUAAAUGGUUUCAAACGGAUGCUAUAAAAGUCUUGGAAAUGUAUUGCUAAACGCACAUACACUAGAUGGCAGCCUAAUACAGGAGGAUAGCAGUCCUAGGGGUUCACAAACUAAACAGCAAAAACGUUUAAAAUAAUACUGAACAAUACAGAUAGUCUGGGAAUAGCUUUGUAAAAGGAAAAAGAAACACAUGUAUCAAGGAGUCAGUUCAGUAGUCCAAAUUGGAUCUGUGAAGAAAUGUCCAGUAUAUACUUGUAGCAAGUAAAGUCUUAGAAGCAUAUGGUACAAGUUGUAACAUUGUUGCAUUCAGUCUACUAAACGGACAGCAGCAAAAAAGUAACAAGUUGUAGGUAUACUUUAACUAAUACUGGUAAAAAGUAGAAAUAGCUAGAACAGAUGAACACAGAUGUACUGGUAAAAAGUUGAAAUAGCUAGAACAGAUGAACACAGAUGUUCAUCUGUUCUAGCUAUUUCUACUUUUUACCAGUAUUGGUUAAAGUAUACCUACAACUUGUUACUUUUUUGCUGCUGUCCUGUAGACAGAAGCAUAUGGUAUAAGUUGUAACAUUGUUGCAUUCAAAGACUUUACUUGCUACAAGUAUAUAUUGGACAUUUCUUCACAGAUCCAAUAUGGACUACUGAACGGACUCCUUGAUACAUGUGUUUCUUUUUCCUUUUACAAAGCUAUUCGCAGACUAUCUGUAUUGUUCAGUAUUAUUUUAAACGUUUUUGCUGUUUAGUUUGUGAACCCCUAGGAUUGCUAUUCUCCUGUAUUAGGCUGCCAUCUAGUGUGUGUGCGUUUAGCAAUACAUUCCCAAGCCUUUUAUAGCAUCCAUUUGAAACCAUUUAUAUCUUUCUAGUUCUCCCAUUUUGCACCUAUUAGCAAGAGAUCUCCUGGUACGUAUAGAAUUCUUAUUUCUAUUACUAUCUGUUUUCUUUUUAGCUUUUAAGGGGGCUUUUUCUUUACCAGUAGAAGAACUCCUGCUAGUGCUUCACAUUACUUUAUUUUAUCUCUCUAUUUGUUCCGUUGUUUCCACUUUUUUAGGGUUGGUUUUCCUGCCCAAUAUAUUUUUUAUAUCACCUGAUGUGCCUGCACAGGGGAGCUUUGGCUGCCACUCGUGCCAUUAAAGACGAAAAGUGUGCCGCGCGCUAGGGCUACUCUAUAUGUCUGUGGUGAAGUCCACACUCUUUCCACCUGCCCUGGGUACUUCAUUCUUUAAAAGUGAUACACAUAAGCAGUACAGAGAUGCUACUAUUUAUGCUAAAUUUUGGUCAGGAAGGCAGGCAAUUGGAAGCUAGAAUCUGUAUUCAUUGUUUAGAUGGCAAAAAAGCUCCUCUAACAGUUGGCUUAUCCAUCUUGUCACCUUAUUUGAUAGCUGUUUUGACAUGCCCCUUACCUGUACAGCGCCAAAUUCUUAAAGGAUCAGUAGAUGUCUUUUUUGCUCCCCGGUCUCUGACUAGUUUGGGCUUCGUUCCUACCUUUGGCCUUUCUCUCCUCCUGCAACAGAACAACCCUGUGAUGUGUGUUCUCUCCAUGCCACGAAGCCUGCAUUUUGCCAAACACCCAUCUUCCUUAGUGUAAACAUGUUCCCACAUUUUUUACCUUCACUGUAGAUUUGCUUCUGCUCAAAGUGAAAUAGAGGAUCUUAUGCUGCUCUGCUCCUUCUCCAUUGAAGCACCACUUGAAAAUGUUUCCCACUGUUUGUUGUAGUAGUGUUUUGUUAAGGCUAUUUCGUGUAAACUGUCACCAGUGAUGUUUUGUUUAUGUGCAGUGUUAAUAUAAAGCUGGUUUUCAUGUUAGAUAAAAUGUUUUUAAAAAUUGCUUUUUGUUUUUUAUUUUAAAAUGUAUUUAAUUUUUUUUCUAACAGGAUUAUAUACACAGAGUAGGGCGUACAGCUCGAGCUGGAAGAUCUGGUAAAGCAAUAACAUUUGUGACUCAGUAAGUAGUUUUUCCGUAUGAGGUUAAAUGUAUGUAAAUUUAAUUUCCUGUGGUUUUGUCUCUAAAAAGCUUGGAAAAUCAAAUAUUGGUGUACUCUCUAAAUCUGUGUUUUUUAAUACCUUAUUAUGCGGGGAGGGGAGAGGGAAUGUAACAUUUAAAAACAGAAAAUGUAAAAUGCCCAUUUCAGAGAAGCAAUGUAUACCAUAUAUACUCAAGUAUAAGUCUAGUUUUUCAGCACAUUAUUUGUGCUGAAAAACCCCCACUCGACUUAAACUCGAGUCAGUGUCUGUAUUAUGGCAACUUACAUUGCCAUAAUACAGACCAGGACCGCCGGGCUCAUUACAAGCCCGGUGGUCCUGUUGGGGGCUGGCAGAUAGCUGUUACUUACCUUCCUGCAGCUCCUGUCAGCUCCCUUCUCCUCCACUGUAAGUCUCGUGGUGUGACUGCCGCGGGGAGCGUUGCCACGGUGAUCCGUGGCAACGCUCUGACCCCGCGAUUCUCGCGAGACUUGCAGUGGAGCUGACCAGACCAGAGGAGAAAGGAGCUGCAGGAAAGGUAAGUAACAGCUCUCUGCCAUCCCCCCUCCUACACAGCCCAUCCACUGGACCACCAGGGAUGAAAAUAAAAAUUAAAUAAUAAAAAAAAAAAAUUUACAAUAAAAAAAUUUAAAUAUUAAAAUUUAAAAAGUAAAUAAUAAAAUAAAAAAAUACAAAAAUUUUUUAAAUAUUAAAAUUAAAAAUAAUAAAAAUGCCCUCCCCCAUCGAGUUCACACACAAACACGCACUCAUACAAACACAACCUCUGCAUUGUAUAUACACACACUCAUACAAGCACACACUCUCUGCAUUCACACAAACACACACACUCUGCAUUAUAUAAUGCAGUGUGUAUGAGUGUGUGUGUGUGUGUGUGUGUGUGUGUGUAAUGCAGAGUGUGUGUGUGUAUAAUUGUAAAAAUCACAGAAUUUCAUAGCCCCAAGUUUUACCCUCGACUUAUCCACGAGGCAUAGCAUAUUUCACAAUUGUUGGUCACAAAACUGCACUCGACUUAUACAUGAGAUCGACUUAUACACGAGUAUAUACGGUAACCAAAAGACAAAACCAUUAUGGAAAAUGUUACACAACAAAUUGCCUCAUAAAUAAUUUGCUCGAAAAUACUUUCCUUUUACACAAUUUCUCUCAAACUACAUAAUGUUAUCAAAUUCCUCAUACCCUUACAUUCCAUGUCAUUGUAGUUAACCAGUAUAAUCAGAAGGACAAAUGGUACUGCAUUUCUAUUAGUACUGUAAGAGGUUUCAGGAGCCCAUAACUGCAUUGUUUGUUUUGGGUGUCACUUUUUUCAGGUUACACACGCUCUGGUGAUAAACUAGAGAAGUAAAAUGUAAUGAGCAAAGAAUAUAUUUAUGGGAACUAGGCAACAUAAGGAAUAAGUUACAUGUCUACAUUCUUUGCUAUCUCUAAUACAAAGUUGUUUCAGAUUCCUCCUACAAAUACAAAGAGAUGAGAUUCAAAAAAACCUGGCAAUACUCAAAUUGUUUUAUGUAUCAUAAAACACAAAAAAUAAUGGAGCAUUUAAAGCGUUAUUCCAAGCACCAAGACCACUUCAGUGAUCUAAAGUAGACGAUGCCAGGAGUCUAUGUGCAGAGUUUCUGUAUUUAACCCCUCUGCUGUUUGAGAUGUAACUCCAUCUGCAUCAUUGGGGUGUCACAAGCCAGCCCAGAACACAGUGACGAACUGGGUAACUUCUGGGGAAAUUUGAUUGCACAGAAUGUCAUUCAUUGGCUGAGAGACGUCAUCUGAUGCGCUCAGCCACUGUAUGGGGAUGGCAUCGACUUCUAUAGGAUUAAGGGAAACGCGUCCCGAAACCAGCAUAGCAGGGAGCCACGUAAGAGAGCACAGUGUUGCUAAAUGGUUUGCUCCAUUACCAUGGAACCAGGCAAGGGUACUCUUAACAUGCGGUGUGCUGUAGUGGUUAUGAAAGUUGAAGUGACCCUCUAAGACAACACUUUAACUUAACAACUUCAGCUUAAUGUAGUGUUGCUUAUAGUCCAUGUUAUCCCUGGCUUUAAUAUCAAACCUUCUCAGAAUGGUUUAAUAUAAAGUAGUGGUUUUCCCAGCACUGAGAGACCAUCCGCAUCUCUGCUACAUUGAUAAUGGGCAGAUCACUCUAACACUUUCUGAAUGUAAAUUUUGUCCAACCUGGACAAGAUUAGCUGAAACUACUAUGGGCAGCUCUCCUAUUAUCAACAAGACAAAGAUGAGGGAGUUAUCCCAUUGUUGGAAAGGGGUUCUUGCACAGUUUGAUAUUAUCCCGGGGGAAGGUACUACACUCUUGGUUAUGGCAUUUUAUUGAUGUCCCCAAAAGAGCAGAAUAUCAGUUUGACAUUUGAGUCCAUGACUCACUCAUCACUAUUUGUCCUCUAAGAAUCGAUUUUUAGGAUGAAUUCUUAAAGGACCACUCUAGGCACCCACACCACUUCAGCUUAAUGAAGUGGUCUGGGUGCCAGGUCCCUCUAGGAUUAACCCUUUUUGUUUAUAAACAGAGAAACUGCUAUGUUUAUAAAUGGGUUAAUCCAGCCUCUAAAGCCUCUAGUGGCUGUCUCAUUGACAGCCGCUAGAGGCGUUUGCGUGCUUCUCACUGUGAAAAUCACAGUGAGAACACGCAAGCGUCCAUAGGAAAGCAUUGAAAAUGAAAAUGCUUUCCUAUGAGACCGGUUGAAUGCGUGCACAGCUCCUGCUGCACAUGCGCAUUCAACCGAAGAGGAGGGUCGGAGGAGGAGGAGAGCUUCCCGCCCGGCGCUGGAAUAAAGGUAAGUUUAACCCCUUUCCUCGCCAUCCAGCGUUUCCUUGUAACACAACUGGUUUAAAUAUUCUAGAAUGUGUGAUCAUCUUGAUUGCAGUAUGUUAUUUGACUUGUAAAUGUUUUGUGUUUAGAUAUGAUGUAGAAUUGUUUCAAAGAAUCGAACACCUGAUUGGUAAAAAGCUCCCAGCCUUUCCAACACAAGAGGAGGAAGUGAUGGUUCUAAAUGAAAGAGUGUCAGAAGCCCAGAGAUUUGCUCGUAUUGUAAGUACUGCUUUGUUUUUGUUUAUGGUCACUUAUUGGCACUUUGUAAUUACUUGAAGGAGAAUUAGAUCAGCUUUUGUAAUACUAAGUUCAUAAAAGUUUUACAUCAUAUUGAUUUUCAUUUUCUAUUGCAUAAAUAAGAUAUGUAAAAUGGUGGUUAAAUUCGUAAUUAACUUAUUUAGGUUUAAUCUUUAGAAUUUAAAUAUUUUGAAAGUGCCAAUAAUAUAUUAAAAAAACAAUAACAAAACAUACAUUUCUGUAUGGUGGUGGAAGAAACUAACCAUGUCUAUAAUCACUUUGAUAAUGACCAGAUUUCACAAAGCGAUGGAUAAACUGAAUGCCCUCUCUUAGGGUUCCUUAACUGUUCACAGGGGCAUAUAAUGAAAGUAGAGGGUGAAUGGGAAUGUGUUUGGGAGUGGGGACCAAAACCUAAUGUGUAUUGUACAGGGCUUGCUAGACACAUACACUUAUUGUUUGUGUGAUCUUAAGGGUGCCUGAUACUUAAAAAUUAUAUUUUCUUAAUGUAAUGAGGUAAGACUUUUUUUCUUUAACAAAUGCUGAUUAUUUGUACUGCCUUUCUUGAUCUCUCCCCACGGUCCUACGUGUCACUGCUUACCUUUCUUCAGUCUUUGAUUGGAUGUCCUCCCGCUUUCUGAAACUCAAUCUCUCUAAAACUGAGCUUUUGAUCUUUCCCCCUCAUCAAGCUGAUCCUCCUCCUUUGCUUUCUCUGUAAGUUGAUGGUACUUGCAUCAGUCCAUCCUUGCAAUCUCUUUGUCUUGGUGUUCUCUUUGAUCCUGGCCUAACCUUUGCGCCUCAUAUCUAGUAUGUUGCUAAAACCUGCCGAUUCCACCAUAAAAACAUCGCCCGCAUCCGCCCCUUUCUCACGCAAGAUGCUGCCAAGAAGCUUGUUUUUUCUCUCCAGUUGGUCUCCCCAGAAGCCGUACUGCCCUGCUACAAUUAGUAUGAAAUGAAUGCUGUCGCCAGGCUAAUCUUUCUCACUUGUUGCUCCUCCCAUACCUCACCCCUCUGUCGAUCCUUACACUGGCUUCCUGUAUCCUAUAGGUGUCAAUUCAAAAUACUAACCCAUACCUAUAAAGCUCUAACCAAAUCUAGCCCCUCUUACAUUUCUUUACUGAUUCGUAGAUAUGCUCCUUUCUCGGUCUCUCCGUUCUGCCGGUGACCUUCUGCUGCUCGCACCCUUACUGCCAACUCGCACUUCCAGGACUUCUUGCAGGCGGCUCUCUUCUUUUGUAACAGCCUGCCUACCCCAUCAGACUCUCCCCUAGUCUUCAAUUGUUUAAAAAGUCCCUCAAAACACAUCUGAACAGAAAUGCUUAUGUACUCCCAGAAAAACUUAACUAUACCUAUCUAUAUCCGCCUCUUGCUCUCAUAAAGAGCCACACUCCACUGUCACCUCCAGUUCUGCUGCUUUUCCACCUUGUUUGGUGGCGAUCACCUUUGCUGCCCUGUUGUGUAUUUGUACCUGACCUCCUCUAAACUGUAAGCUCGUUUGAGCAGGGCUCUCAUCUACCUAUUGUUCCUGUGUCACUGUGUAAUUUUCAUUUAUUGUAAAACCCCCCCCCCCCUUUCAUAAUAUUGUAAAGUGCAGCAGAAUUAGUUAAAUAUCAAUAAGAAUAAUAGUGUGUGACAGAACCAUCUGUAUGCCUAUUCUAGGUGGAUUCACUGCUGGUUAACCUCUUGAUCCCAAUUAGAACGUUGUGGUUAACCGCAGACACUUCUCAAUUAAAACCGAAUACAGGGUGGUCGUUGUUCGCAUGUCGACCACGAGGCAGCAGCCAUUUUAGAUCGCAUGAAAGACCAGCGGUCUUUGGCAUUGAUUUCAUGGAAUUAAGCACGGACACUUUUUCUGCCGAACAACGCUGAAACAACGGGUCAGCCUGCUCUGUUGACGAAAGCAUGCGAACACCAGCCGUUCGAGAGUUUUGAAUUAUAUGCAGAGACUUAACCCAGAUAGCCUUCCCAUGGAUUCAAUCGCAUACCGAAAGACUGUAAGAACUUUGACUCCAUGGCGAUUGAACUAUGCGUAUGGGAUCUGAGCGCUAUUCGCUAAUAAUAUGCACUCAGAUCCAGGCUGUGAUACGAAUGCAAAAUGUUCGGUAGUAGUGGAAUUAUAUAUUUUUGUGUGUUUUCUGGCAUUUUACUUAAGAUGGCGCUUUGUCUUUGUCCUGGUGAUAAUUGAAUUACUUCUCAAUUAUCUCCAGGGCAGAGGGGAGGAAACCAUAUUGCAUUGUGGGAAAAGUUUGUGCCUGUAUGUCUAAAAUGUCCAUAUGUCCAUCUGUCAUUACAGUCUCCCAUUUGGUCCCCUAGGGGAGUGUCCACCAAGUGGGAGACCUGCAUAAAUACGGGCGGGUAGCCUACAGUAAAGCCAGAUCAUGUUUGACCUUCAAUGCGGAACGUAGUCUCGUUAUUGGGGGAUUUAUUACCGACGACUAGAGACUGAUUGCUGGAGCCGAAAGCCGUUUAGUGGAUAUACUUGUUCGGCGGCUAGCGGCGAUUCGUGGAUUUCUGUUCGGGAGUUUGGAGCCUUUUACGGAUCCCGUUCGGGAGAUUACCGCUUUCCCUGAUGGUGGUUUGUAUACAGCAGUCUAUACAAACGGAGAUAGUGAGAUUGCGAAAGGGGAAGCUUAACUAAACAGCGGUUUCCCUCACAGGCACCAGGGGUGUCUUAACAAAGUGAUAGUAAAAACGUUUACUAGUUUAGGUUCAACAAGUGGAAUUAUUGGUUCUUGAUAUUUCCUAAUGCACUUUCUUGAGACAGUACAAAUUUGAGUUAGUUGCUUGAUUUGAUAAAUUUGUUUAAUCCUAUUUUAGAAGGGGACCAUGUCACCCUUCUGAUUUUUCAUUAACGCUCCAAUUCUCAACUCUCAUUUACAGUCCUACAUCUGUAUAAGAGUAAUUUUGCAGUCAAUAUUUGUAAAGGCUGAGAUUGGAGUACUUAGUCAGGUACACCAAAUCACUUCUCCUUGAGAUCAAAUGCAAAUUAGAUUAUUAAUUUUACGGUUGGCAUUCUGUGCUUGCUGGUAUUGCCUCUUAAACUUCUCUUCGAAGGGAAGAAUCUUCUCCCCCCUCCCCCCCCUUUGUUUCCUCUAUUUACAUGUUUAUCCAAUUGUUGUUUCUGCCCCAUUUAAAAUCUGGAUUAAAAAAUAGCAUAUAUCUGAAUAUUUUAUGCAUAUAUGAAGGUGUACUUGAUGUGACCGCUAAAGCCUAAACUUCUUUGUUUAUUAAUGUAAGCAAUAUUCUAUCUAGGUUGACCUGUCUGCUUAUUAUACUUCCAUAAUCUGAUCAUAAAGAUUAUUGAAAAUAUAUCUUAACAUUUGACUUUGUUACAUCUACCAUUUUUCCCACUUUGACCACCACCCAAUUAAAACGUAACUACAUGGUCUUAAAUUUGUAUAAUCGCAACUAUAUCUAAAGGCCACUACUAAAUACUACUUCUUCUUGACCUCUCUGCUGCCUUUGACACCAUUGAUCAGCAUGAUCUUCAAACUCUUCAAUCACUCAGUCUCUGAUUCUGUCCUCUCGUGGUUUUCCUCUUAACGCUCAUUCAGUGUCUCUUUUUCUAAUAACACCUCCUACCCUCGUCCUGUCUCAGUUGGAGUCCCCCAAGGCUCUGUACUUGGUCCCCUUCUAUUUUCUCUUUAUACUGCCUUUCUUGGCAAACUUAUUACCUCUUUUGGAUUCCACUACCACCUGUACGCUGAUGACACCCAGAUAUAUCUCUCCUCCCUGGACCUUUCUCCUGCCGUCCUGCAACGUGUCACUGCUUGCCUUUCUUCCAUCUCUGAUUGGAUGUCCUCCCGCUUUCUGAAACUCAAUCUCUCUAAAACUGAGCUCCUUGUCUUUCCUCCUCCUAAUACUGAUCCUCCUCUUUCACUCUCCCUUCAGGUUUGUGGUACCCACAUCAGUCCAUCCUUGCAAGCGCGCUGUCUUGGCGUCAUACUUGAUUCUGGCCUCACCUUUGAGCCUCACAUCCAGUAUGUUGCCAAAUCCUGUAGAUUCCAUCUUAAAAACAUAUCCCGCAUCCGCCCCUUUCUUAUGCAAGAUGCUACCAAGGAGCUUGUCCAUGCUUUAGUGAUUUCUCGCAUGGAUUAUUGUAACCCUCUCCUGAUUGGUCUUCCCAAAAGCUGUACUGCACCGCUACAGUCCAUAAUGAACGCUGCUGCCAGACUGAUUUUCCUCUAUAGUUGGUUCUUUCACACCUCACCCCUCUGUCAGGCCUUACAUUGGCUUCCUGUAUGUUAUAGGAGUCAAUUCAAGGUACUAAUUCACACCUAUAAAGCACUGAAUAACUCUAGCCCCUCUUAUAUCUCUUCACAGAUCCUUAGGUAUGUCCCUUCUCGGUCUCUCCGCUCUGCCUGUGACCACCUCCUGUCCGUUGUUCGCACACGUACGGCUAACUCAAGCUUGCAGGACUUCUCGCAGGCAGCUCCCUUCCUAUGGAAUAGCCUGCCUACCGCCAUCAGACUCUCCCCUAGUCUUGCAUCCUUCAAGAAGUGCCUUAAAACCCACCUCUUUAGGAAAGCUUAUGGACUCCCAGACUAACCUCACAUAUACCUCUCUCUUGCUCUCUCCUAAAAGGCAGCCCACCUUAUUUGAUUGCAAAUUCCUGUCCUAUUGUUUUUUACACCCCACCUCCUAUAGAAUGUAAGCUUGUUUGAGCAGGGUCCUCUCCAACCUAUCGUUCCUGUAAGUUUUUGUAAUUGUCCUAUUUAUAGUUAAAUCCACCCCUCUCAUAAUAUUGUAACGCGCUACAGAAUCUGUGGGCGCUAUAUAAAUGGCAAUAAUAAUAUGGUGAAAAGCCUUCAUUGCAUUUGCUAUCUGUAUAAUUUUCUAAAUCUCUAAUUUCAGGAGCUAAGAGAACAUGGAGAAAGAAAAAAGCGUCCACGGGAAGAGAUGAUAAAAGACACAGAUGGCUAUUUAGGAAAGAGUGAAAAAGUGACUGGAGGAAAAUUUAAGCGGAAAGUCCACUGAUUAUUGCUGAUUAAUUCAUCAUUAUUGAUGAGUGACUGCUAGGACAGUGAUUUUUUUUUUUUCAUGUUAUUGGAAGAAGUUUGUAUACUGUACAGUUGUCCUUCAUGAUUCCAGUGGAAGAGAUCCACUGCUUAUUUCUUCUUGGUAAAACUUAAAGCAGGUUUAAUAUUUUUAAACUACCGGUAUAUUCUUACGUAUCAAUAUUUUGUAUGCAGAAUGUAAAAGAUGGAAAAAACAGUGCUUCAAUUGAAGCUUUGCUACCCAAUACGUUUUAAAUAUGAAUAAAAUUUGUUACCACUAUACACAAUUUGUCACUAAAAGUCACACAAGCGUAAAAUAACAAAAAAUGCAACAUUUCUGGAGCACAAAAGGUAGAACUCUCAAAAUUUUCAAAUAUACUUGAUUUUCUCCUGAUGACAUGUUAAACAUGGUAAGUAUCACUCAACAUAAAUCAAACCACAGAAUCAGUGAAGUAUAAAAAGAGUAAUAUUUCUUAAAGGAUGGUAGAACAUAAAUAUAUGUACAGUAUAUGUGUUUGUAUAUAUGAUAUAUAUACAGUGUGAGAUUGAGAUGUAAAUUCAACCAUCAGGGCUGCA